AUGUAUUGCGGAAUAUACGUGUUUAUCGUACUACUAACACAGAUUAAAUCAUUUGCUAUUGAAGUGACAGUCAAACAAGGAAAAAUAAUUGGGCACAGAGAAGUCACCGUGUUUAAUAAAAAACUAUAUUUUGCGUUCUAUGCUGUACCAUACGCAAAGCCACCCGUCGGAAGAUUGAGAUUUAAAGACCCGAAGCCUGUUCAAAAAUGGGAAGGGAUUCACGACGCAAGAAGAGAGUUUCACGGCGCGUGUGCACAGGCGCACAUCGUUCACAAACACGGCCAGUUCGGAGUGGAAGACUGUCUGUAUCUCAACAUUUAUACCCCCGAAAUACCCAGAAGUGAAACGUUCCAACUCAAACCCGUCAUUGUCUGGCUUCAUGGAUACGCUUUUGCCUCAUCUUUCAGUCACAUACACGGAGGAGAUUUCCUCGUCGACAAUGAUAUAGUGUUAGUGACCGUAACGCAUCGAAUAGGUGUAUUCGGGUUUCUAAAACUUAGCGAUGAUGACUCCAAUGCGAACAUGGGGCUUAAGGAUAUAGUAAUGGCGUUAAAAUGGAUCAGAACGAAUAUUAAACAAUUUGGUGGUGAUAAAGAUAAUAUAACCCUAAUGGGAAGUAAUUCAGCGGCUACUUUUAUAUCAUUGUUAAUGAUGACAGAAGCAAGCAAGUUGUUUUCUAAAGUUAUUUUACAAAGUGGUGCGAUAUACUCGGCUUCCAUAAUGCAAGGUGAUCACAAAUUGGAGAGAGAGAGACUCACAGAACAACUUAGUAAAAACGGUUUAAAAAUUAGCAAUGCACCAACUAAAGCUCUGAUCGAUGCCUCACAGACUAUUUACACACGAUCAGAAGUAGAAAACUAUCAAAGACCUAUUGUAUCAUUUACUCCAAUACUUGAGACGAAAUCUAAGAGUGCGUUACUCACAAAAACACCCAACGAUUUUUACGAUAUUAUGAAAAGUAAAACCCUCAAACCUUUACUGAUAGGUUUCAAUACCCAAGAAAGCAUAUCCGAAAUGAUUCCGUUUAUACACAACCCUUAUUAUCUGAGAUUAUUUCGAAAGUUUUUUAAGUUCAUGGUCCCAUUUUCUGAUGGAUGUAAAUAUAACAGUACUUCACAGGAUUAUAAACGCAUAUCUGACCAAAUAAAAACCAAGUAUUUUAAAGAUGAAAUUUCAGAAAAAUCUCUUUACAGUUUCUUGAGAUAUACUUCUGAUCUUAUUAAGUUUCCAAUAAUAAAGUUUAUCAGGACCUAUUUGCAGCUGGGUGGUACUAACGCUAAGUUGUAUAUGUACAAGUUUGAUUAUAGAGGACGAUUAAAUGCAGUCAAAGGCACUUCAAUUGCUGAUUCAAAAGUGCAAAUAAAUGGCGUUGCUACUGGCGAUGAAAUAUGUUACGUGCUCAAGUGUGAGCCUCUUUGGGAAGAAUAUGUAAAAAUGACCCGUGAAGACGUCAACCGUGAUAAAACAUUCAUUAAACAAAUGUCGGGACUAUGGUCCAAUUUUGCAAGAUAUGGUGAUCCUACCCCUCCCAAUGAGGAUGUAAAUAUAACAUGGCCAACGAUGACCUUAGAUGGUAGCAACGUACUUCUGAUAAGAGCAUUAAUAACAAAGACUGAUUUUAAAGGAGAUAAUUCCGUGUAUGAUUUCUGGAAUAACAUUUACGAACGAUUUUAUAAAGAAGAACAUUGUAAACCGCGACAUGACGAACUGUAG